AUGACAAGCCGGCAGUGCCAAAUUUUAUUAUUUACGUUAGCGCACGUCUGUGUGAUAAGUUACGCACAGAAAAGAAGUGAUUGCGAAACAACAGCAGAAGGACCUGCUUCUUGUGUACCACUGUCGGAAUGCAGGUCCAUAAAGCAGUUACUUCAGAGAUCGAUAUUGUUCGGUAGUGAUCUUCAACGUCUCGAGGCCAGUCAAUGUGGUUUUCAUCAAGAUGAACCACUUGUAUGUUGUACCAGUCCUGCAACACGACCACCACAGAGCGCUCAGUCUACUGUCAAAGACAAAAAUUCACUUUUACCAAAGGCUCCCGACUGUGGAACACAGCUCAUCAAUCGCAUCGUGGGAGGAGAGCGAACACGUAUUACGGAUUUCCCCUGGACAGUCCGCAUUCAACAUUACGAUCGGCGUUACGAAGAAUAUGCGUUUCACUGUGGAGGUUCACUGAUCAACAAAAAAUAUGUGCUAACCGCUGCGCACUGCGUGUCUGGCAUCCCUGCCAGUUGGACCAUCAGCGCAGUUCGUCUUGGUGAGUGGGACGUUUUAUCAGAUCCGGAUUGCGUCAAUGAUGAUAACGAUUGCUUUGAUCCGGUCCAGGAUAUACAAGUAGAGAAGGUGAUUGUGCAUGAAAAACUCAUCAACACUCGGUUACAGGUGCACAAUGACAUAGCACUUUUGCGAUUGGCAAAGGAAGCCCGAAUGUCACAGACCGUUCAACCUAUUUGUUUACCUCUUAGUAAAGAAUUUGACACUCGUCGAUACGAUGGUAUAAAUAUGUUUGUCGCAGGCUGGGGGCAAACUGAACUGGAGACGAACAGUCGAUACAAGCUAGUAGUCGGUGUGAAAGGAGUAUCGCAACAACACUGCCGUAGGCAGUAUCUAACAGCGAACAUCGAUGAUCGGCAAAUCUGUGCCGGAGAGGAGAGCGGAAAAGAUUCCUGCAAGGGAGACUCCGGUGGACCUCUGAUGGACAUGGUCGUGUCGGAAAGUUCAGUCGUGUACUACCUGUCCGGGAUAGUUAGUUUCGGAAAACGGUGCGGAAUGAAGAAUGUUCCUGGAGUGUACACAAAGGUUAAUCGGUUCGGCGAGUGGAUUCUAGCAAAUCUCGAACCGUAA